GCUGCUGCGCCUCACACGCAGUGCCUGCCCGGAUCUGUUCUGCCCCCUCCCCACCGGGGUCAUUGCCACCAGGACACCAGGCAUGCAGGCCUCUUUCUGCUUCCUGCUGCUGCUAGUCCCAGUGCUUACAGAUCUUCCCCCCACCUCACCCCCAAUAGUUCCUACAACCUCUGGCCACACAAGGCCCACGGGAAGUAAACAGACUGUGACUACCCAAAGCAGCCCAAUGUCCAGGUUCAUUGACAGAAGUUCUGUGAGCACAACCAGCAGCUCACUCCCCAUUCACAGCCCUGCCUCAAGCUCAGCCACCACUCCAGCCACCACUCCAGUCCACAAUGCCACCUCUCCCUUGACCACCAGCCCAGCCUCAAGCUCGGCCACCACUCCAGUCCACAAUGCCACCUCUUCCUUGACCACCAGCCCUGCCUCAAGCUCGGCCACCACUCCAGUCCACAAUGCCACCUCUUCCUUGACCACCAGCUCUGCCUCAAGCUCAGCCACCACUCCAGUCCAUGGUGCCACCUCUUCCUUGACCACCAGCCCUGCCUCAAGCUCAGCCACCACUCCAGUCCAUGGUGCCACCUCUUCCUUGACCACCAGCCCUGCCUCAAGCUCUGCCACCACUCCAGUCCAUGGUGCCACCUCUUCCUUGACCACCAGCCCUGCCUCAAGCUCGGCCACCACUCCAGUCCACAAUGCCACCUCUUCCUUGACCACCAGCCCUGCCUCAAGCUCGGCCACCACUCCAGUCCACAAUGCCACCUCUUCCUUGACCACCAGCUCUGCCUCAAGCUCAGCCACCACUCCAGUCCAUGGUGCCACCUCUUCCUUGACCACCAGCCCGGCCUCAAGCUCGGCCACCACUCUACCACACAAGGGCACUUCUGCCAAGGCUACCACCUCCCCAGUUGGCCAGGGGACUCCAUCCUCAGUUCCCAGCCACCACUCUGAUACUCCGACCACCCCUGCCAGCCACAGAACCACGACGACAGCCAGUACCACCGGUGGUAGCGUAGUGCCCCUCACCUCUUCCAUUCAGAGGAUGUCCUUCUUCUUCCUGCUCUUUCAUAUUUCGAACCUCCCGUUUAACUCCUCCCUGGAAGAUCCCAGCACUAACUAUUACCAGGUGCUGCGGAGAAACGUUACCGAACUGUUUUUGCAGAUUUAUAAGCAGGAGAGUUUUCUGGGCUCCUCUGACAUCCAGUUCAGGCCGGGAUCUGUGAGGGUGGAAUCCAUCCUGGCUUUCCGAGAGGGCGCCACCACUGCCAACAACGUCAAGGCAGGGCUCGUUCAACUCGGAGCAGACAGAUUCCACUGGGACGUCUCAGGAGUGAGCGCGGAGGAAGUGUCCUUCCCUUCCUCCUCCGGGCCCGGGCCCGGGGUGCCCGGCUGGGGCAUCGCCCUGCUGGUGCUGGUCUGUGUUCUGGUGGCGCUGGCCAUCGUCUAUCUCCUUGCCCUGGCGGUGUGUCAGUGCCGCCGGAAGAACUGUGGGCAGCUGGACAUCUUCCCCACCCGUGAUGCCUACCAUGCGAUGAGCGAGUACCCCACCUACCACACCCACGGGCGCUACGUGCCCCCUGGCACUUCCAAACGGAGCCCUUACGAGGAGGUUUCUGCAGGCAAUGGCGGCAGCGGCCUGUCUUACACGAACCCAGCAGCCACUUCUGCCAACUUGUAGGGGCACGUCGCCCGCUGAGCAUCCGGCCAGUGGCCUCCGUCAUGGUCUUGGGAGCUUCGGGGAAGCAGUGGCCCGCCCCCUUUUCCUGGACUGGUGAGCUGGGAGUUCCAGGGGGCUAUGCGUCCCUAACCCAGCUCAGCCCCGGGGAGCCCAUCCUGGCUCCCAGGGAUGCGCCUGGGGCAGCGGCUCCAGGACUGGCCCAAAGCCCCCCAGUGGGAGUGGGCACCUGUACACAGAAUAAAACGUGGGCCUCCUCCGCUCUGGCUCU